UUACCUCUUGACGCCGCAUUUCCUGCCUUUAGGCGAAAGGAAAGCGGAGGAUUUCAAAGAGAACUACAUUUCAAAGAGAACUACAAUUCCCUGCAGGCAGGAGGAAAUGAGGCCACUUCCGCGGGGCCUCUCGGCCCCUUCGCCUCAUGGCUGUUGUAGUUUUCCCAUUUAUUUUUCCCCCAGGAAGUGGCUGCGAGUUACAGAUAGGUCGGUAGCUGUUGGCACAGGUCAUAUUCUAAGUUUUAGCAUAUAAGCCGAGAGAGAGAGAGAGAGAGAGAGAGAGAGAGAGAGAGAGAGAGAGAGACCCUGCGAUGCUGUCUAGGGUCCCUUUAAGGAGCACCUGCAUGCCCUUCCAAUUCAGAACCCCUGGAGCAGGGUUGCCCGGCUGCAGCUGGAGGCCAGGGUUCAUUGCUUUGUUGGAAGUGGAGUGUGGUGGGCCAGGAGGGAGGCGAUUACGGCAGGUCCCAGUGGGAAUCCCCGUCCCUCCCUCUGAGCCCUCUUUCUUUGCCUGCUUACUUCCCAGAGACCCAGAGAGUAGGUCCCCAGCUAAAAAGAGGGUCAGGUAUGUUUAGAAAUUGGCCGGAGAGGCAAGGUAUGGAGGCGUGAAUGUGAAAAGCUUCUCUGCAGGCAGGAGAAGAGGAAUUUCCAGGAUUCCAGGCAGGAUGUCUCAGGAGAAUGGACACAUGGACGAAAGAGUUGCUGGGGGAUGAGCUGACCGCCAUGAGGCUGCAGAAGCUGGAACAGCAGCGGCGGCUUUUUGAGAAGAAGCAGCGGCGGAAGCGCCAAGAGCCCCUCAUGGUUCAGGCCAAUCCCGACGCUUCCCUGCGACCCCGGCGACCAUGGAGGCGGAAGGAGCGCCUCGCAGGGGGACCGCGGCCUUGGGAACCCUUUCCUCCAGGAGAACAUGCCAGAGGCACAUCUGUGCUCUGGCCUCCACAGUGCCCUGGGCUUCACGAUCUGCGGUGGAGAUUGGCAAGCGGCGAGUGUGACCCACUGGUUUCGCCGACAAAAGCAGGGGCCAGUGCACAGGAAGAGAGCAAAUUCCAGGAUGUUGGAGACGAAUAUGAGGGCAAGCACCCGGAAGAGAAGAAAGAGGAGUCGGAGUCUACAGUGAACUCCCCAGGAGCGGCCCGAAGAGGAGGUGUCGGAGACCCGGAAGGCGAGAGAGACGCAGGCAGCAGUGAUGUAGGAAGCUCGCCCUGCUCGUCUCCCCGCGCCCCAGGCCCUCAACUGGGAGAAGACAUGGAAGCGUAUGUCCUGCGGCCAGCGCUGCGCGGCCGCAUAGUGCAGUGCCGCAUCAGCCGCGACAAGCGCGGCGUAGACAAGGGCAUGUUCCCUUUCUACCAUCUCUACCUGGAGGCGGCCGACGGGCGGAAGCAGUUCCUCCUGGCUGGACGCAAGAGAAAAAGGAGCAAAACCUCUAAUUACCUCAUUUCCCUGGACCCCACAGACCUGUCUCGGGAUGGGGACAACUUUGUGGGCAAAGUCAGAUCUAAUGUCCUGGGCACCAAGUUCACCAUCUUUGACAAUGGAGUGAACCCUGAAAGGAAGAAUUUUGUCCCGGAGACCACUCGGAUCAGAGAGGAGCUGGGGGCUGUGUGCUAUGAGACCAACGUCUUGGGAUUCCGAGGGCCCCGGAAAAUGACUGUGAUCAUUCCGGGAAUCGAUGACCAGAACCAGAGACUCCGCGUCCAGCCACAAAACGAGCAGGAGUCACUACUGUGUCGCCUCCAACGGGGAGCUAGCCAGGGACUGGUCCUGCUACAAAACAAAGCCCCUUGGUGGAGCUACAAGAGCGGCGCCUACGUACUCAAUUUUCACGGUCGAGUCACUCGGGCCUCGGUCAAGAACUUCCAGAUCGUGCAUCCGGAUGACCCCGAUGCCCUCGUGCUCCAGUUCGGCCGCGUGGCCCCAGACACGUUCACCAUGGACUUCUGCUUCCCGCUUUGCCCCCUCCAAGCCUUUGCCAUCUGCUUGUCCAGUUUCGAUGGAAAGCUGGCGUGUGAGUAGUCCAAUGAAAUACCAUACCCUCGUCA